AUGCAAGUCUUCGCUCCCUUCUUCCUUACCCUCUUCUUCCACCUCAUCCACGGUCAAUCCACUUUAUCAGCAACGGCCUACGUCGGCCUCGUCCCUGACUACCCCAACUACGAGGCCGGUCCCUCUGACGUCUACACUGCAAUCGACAACGCGACGGCCACCGCUGCGGUAAGUGACCCUUGCGGGCCCCUCACUCAACCGUCACCCAAUCCGGCCGGCAAUACCUGCAACGUCUCUAUCAUAGAGUCGGACGGGCCCGCCCCUUAUGGUGUUCAAUGCCUCACCGACUACACCGAUACCCAUCUCACUUUCGACGCCUGCUCCAACCAAACCAUACCCGCCAUCUGUGACAAGCUCGUCGACCCAGAUGUGCGGAACGGCACGUGGAUCUGGGCGUCCGCUGCUGCGCCCAACACGUGCCACAUGGGCUUCUACCUGCCGGCCUACGACGGCAGCGCGCAGAAGCCGGAUAUGAAUAAGUGCGUGCAGGAAAUCUUCAGGCCAAUGCUAGGCUAUUGCAAUCCGGCCACGGGCUAUGAGGUGUCCGAGGGCAUGUACAAUUUAGGGAUGGUGAACGUGAAGACUACGCCAGAUGCGACUCAGGAUGGACAGGCGGUGGAUGUUGGAUAUCCGAGUUAUAUCAUGGCUACGAGCCAAUUGACGGCCAAGGCAGGGUGA